UCUGCCCUGCUCAGCUUCACCGAGGACAACACUGGACUCCUCUGUUGUUCCCGAGAGAAAAAAAACCUGACUAGGAUGGCCAGGAUGAUGUGCGGCCGCGCCGGCGAGCCGGCAGUGCGCAAGGGUCCGUGGACGCUGGAGGAGGACCUCAUCCUCGUCGGAUACAUCUCCCAGCACGGGGAAGGCUCUUGGGACAACCUCGCACGCUCUGCUGGUCUGAACCGGAACGGGAAGAGCUGCAGGCUGCGGUGGCUCAACUACCUCAGGCCGGGACUGCGGCGCGGCAGCAUAUCGCCGGAGGAGGACAUGGUCAUCCGGGAGCUCCACUCGAGGUUGGGGAACAAGUGGGCCGAGAUCGCCAAGCACCUCCCCGGCCGGACCGACAACGAGGUCAAGAACUACUGGAGGACCAGGGUACACAAGAAGGCACCGCACCAGAACCAGCUUCCAGCGCAACCCGCGAGCGAGGCGACAACGUCCGUGUCGGCGUCGGCGUCGACGAGCCACGCCAGCUCCACCGUCGGAGACGAGUACACGCAGACGAGCUUCCCUUACCCCGAGCUGAGCUGGGUCGCAACCGACCACCACGAAACGGUCGAUGUGGGCGCGCCGACGGCGCGCUUCUGCCCGUCUGAGUUCGGCGGUAACUUUUGGAACGUCCCAGACAAUUUCUGGGAGACUCUCCCGCUUUCAGACCCAGUGUACGAAGCACUAUAGACUCGGCACACUGCUGCAAGCCUGCAACUAGCUAGACACACAGAAUUGUUCUGCGCUUGGAUGCAUGCUAGUAUUUUCCAGAGCGUAAAAUAUGCUGAUAUCUCUACUGGGACAAUAGUAGUAGUAGCGCGGUUUAUUUGACGGAGAAAAAGCAUUACGCGGACUUGAUCAAUUAUGCAUGGUGUAAGCAAGGCAGUAGAUGAACCAUGGUUUGUUCC